AUGGCCAUCGAAUCACUGCAACUUACCAACAACCAAUCCAAUUCUCCAAUCGAUUCUCUAAACAAGACUCGUACGUCGGCGUCGGGAUCGCAUUUCCGCGGCGUGAGGAAGCGUCCAUGGGGGAGAUUCGCGGCUGAGAUCCGCGAUCCAUGGAAGAAAACCAGACGCUGGUUAGGAACCUUUGACACCGCAGAGGAGGCCGCCAGAGCCUACGAUGAAGCCGCUAUUACCUUCCGCGGUCAUAAGGCCAAGACUAAUUUCAAUCCUCACAUGCUGGAAGACGAGAAGAAACCUUUGCUGUUUGAUUUGAAUUUGCCAGCGCCCUUGCUUUAA